GGCCCAGCUGCGUGGCGGAUCCAUGGAAGUUGGUCCGAUCUUACGGGCCUAGCCCUAAAAUUAGAUGAGUUGAGCUCUAAUAAGUAGGGCCGGGGAAGUCAUGGCCCAGGCUCAAAUCGGCGGUCGGUUUCUUCUAGCGAGGGGGCCGCCGGCUCACUGUCUUUUCGACCAUUUUCUUCUUUCUUCACAUCGUUCGCGAAAGGUGUAGAGGUUUCUGGAACGCCGGGUUCUACCAUAUAUCGUCGCGGUUUUAUCCUUAGCUUCUGUUUCAUCGACUACUACUACGGAUCAUAUUAGGGUUUUUUUUUUCUUCUUCCCUUUCAUCGCCGUUGAUUAUGGCCAAAGACGGAGCCAAUUGGGAUGGGCUGCUCAAAUGGAGCCUUGCUCACUCUGAUGGCACUCGUCCCGCUCGAAAUCUCAGUGAGGAGGAUCAACGAUGGUUCAUGGAAGCUAUGCAAGCGCAAACUAUCGAUGUCAUUAAACGAAUGAAAGAGAUCACUCUUGUUAUGCAGACACCAGAGCAAGUUUUGGAGGCUCAGGGCGUCACUGCUGCACAUAUUGAAGAUAUGUUGGAUGAACUUCAAGAGCAUGUUGAGGCCAUUGACAUGGCUAAUGACCUUCAUUCCAUUGGUGGUUUGGUCCCUCUUCUUGGUUACCUAAGGAAUUCAAAUGCUGGGAUUCGAGCAAAGGCUGCUGAGGUUGUCACCACCAUUGUUCAGAACAAUCCCAGGAGUCAACAACUGGUUAUGGAGGCAAAUGGAUUUGAAUUCCUUCUCUCUAAUUUCACAUCAGACCCUGAUGUAACUGUUCGUACCAAAGCGCUUGGUGCAAUUUCCUCUUUAAUCAGGCACAACAAACCAGGUAUUGCUGCAUUUCGUCUUGCUAAUGGUUACGCAGCACUGAGAGAUGCUUUGAGCUCUGAGAGUGUGAGACUUCAAAGGAAAGCCCUGAACUUGAUACAUUACUUGCUGCAUGAGAAUAGUUCAGACUGUAAUGUGGUGUCUGAAUUAGGAUUCCCUCGCAUAAUGAUGCAUCUUGCUGCCAGCGGUGAUGCUGAUGUCCGAGAGGCUGCACUCCGGGACCUUUUGGAGCUUGCUAGAGACAAGGCUGGUGGGAUUGGUAGUAAUUUAGCUGAAGAUGAUGAGAAAUUUAGGCAGCUUCUUCAAGAUAGGAUUAAAGACAUAAGCUUGAUGUCACCUGAGGACCUCGGAGCUGCCAGGGAGGAGAGGCAGCUUGUAGACUCCCUCUGGAAUGCCUGCUACAAUGAGCCCUCAUCCUUGAGAGAGAAGGGGCUUCUUGUUCUUCCUGGAGAAGAUGCACCUGCUCCUGAUGUGGCCGGCAAGCAUUUCGAACCUCCUCUGAGAGCUUGGGCUGCAAUUCCAGCUUCUGAUAACAAACCUAGUGCUGAAAAGAAAGACACUCCAUUGUUGUUAGGACCCUCUGGUCCUCCACCUCGGGUUGCUUCUGUUCAAAAUAAUUCCACAAUGGGUGCAAAUGCAGAUGAACGGUCGACUGACCACUAAUAAAAAUCUCUUGUUUUAUAUUUCUUCCUGUUAGGAUUUGGUUUGGGGUGGUGUCUAUUUGUUAUGUAUCAUAAAUUUUGAAGCCUGUUUCAUGGCAUCCUGUUCUAAAAUAGGGAUGGGCUCUCACCCCUCCCCCCUCUCUCUCUCUCUCUCUCUCUCUCUCUCUCUCUCUCUCUCUCUCUCUCACACACACACACCAGCAAGAGCUGUACUUCAAUAUUUGGGGUCUUUUUAGGUUUGUACUAAUUUGCUCCUCAAGAGGUCUUUUCGGCUC